ACCAACAUGAUGAAAUGUUUGGCCCCCGUGCUUCCAAGGGGCCUAUUGAGCUUUCUUGCGGGUUUCAUCCGAGGAUAUCUAAGAAAAAAGCCUGAUGACAUGGCGCUUUUUGCCAUGUACUACUGCUUGGAACUUCAGAAAUACAAACAUGAAAACCCAACCUAUUCAGUUGACCGGCUAAUCAAAGAAUUCCAUAAACACAGAGCACACAGGCUCUGUGGUGCUGCUUAUGAGCAGGAAAUGCUGAAGUUCGGAUACCAAGCCUCCUCCAAUGAGAAUGUGGAUUUUGAAGCACUACAGAUCUCAACUAAGGAGAGUAAGAUGUGGAGUGAUGUUAAAAACAUUACUACCCACACUACCGGAGACCGGGGAGCAACUGGACUCAGUGCCACAGCGACAGCUCGUCCAUCAACCUCAACCACCAACCAACCAGCUGUUACAGACCUUGCUGUUCAAGCAGCCUCAAAGAGCCCAACUCCCCCCAUUGCUACAACCGAACCAGCUUCCCUAGCUGCUUCAACCUGCCCAUCACUCCAUGCUGUCAUAACCUCCUCUGGUGCCUCAGAAGCCCCAGUUCUCCCAGCAGCUCCAGCCCCCUUGGCUCUGGCACAGGGGGAGACCCACACCCAGGGACUUGCUUCCCAGCAGCAGCCUAAACCAGAGACGAUCACCUCAAUCUCUGGAGCAACACACCCAGAUUCCCCCUCUGAAAGUAGAAAGAUGCCAGAUAGCAGCCGCAGGGACAUUCCUCCACCCUCUCACCAGCCUGCACAACAUCAUCACCACUACUACUUUGCUCAUCCUCCCCACCCUCCACCCACACCCGGCCAGGCUGUAUCACCAGGUUUUUUUCCUGCCGGUCAGCCUUUCCUCCCAGCACACCAGUCUCACUGGUGCCAGGCUCCUCCAACACUGGGCCAUCAUUAUGGUUACCCACCACACCUCAGCCCUCACAACAGCUACACUGGAUACAUGGCACCAAACGUGGCUCCUAGCCACUGUGGUCACAUGCCCUCCGGGCACCACCACAGCCACCAACACCCCCACCCACAGCACAGGCAGAGGCCCAGGGUGGCGACUGGCAUGAGCGAAGGCAAGAGCGAGAAUGUGACCACACCCAAGUGGCUCAACUUGCCCUCCUUCCUCCACCACAUGCUGGACAGUGGCACCCCGUUGCCUCAUGGAGGACCCAAGGAAGAAUGUAGCGGUUCCAACCACCCCACUGCCAAAGCUUCUCACUGGACCCAAUGUCAGCAGAGGCAGGAGACGAAGCCAUGCAGUGCACCAGUAGAUAAGGUUGACGUUGGCAACACCAAACCCCAAGAGGGCCUAUCUUCAUAGGGGCCAGGCACAGAGCCAAUCCUUCAGAGAUUGCAUCACUAGGCUACUAUUUGAUGUAAUCUCAUCCGAUUAAUUAAGAAAACAGAAAUACAGUUAAUUUGGUGAAUAUUCAUUGAAGGCAGUCUUCAAUGUUUAAUCUAAGCCUGGAAGCUUCCGUUAAUGAUAUUGUAAUUAAUGCAGCUUGGGUGAAUUUUUUAUGUAUAACAAAAGCCCUACUUUUGGCCAUGGCCUUUUUAGACUCUAGCAUUAAAUCACUUCUCCGUUUUGUCACUGCAAAGCAUUCUGCACCACGACAUGGACAGAGGA